AUGGAGCCCUUAUCACCAUUAUCACUAUCUUCUUGUGGUUCACUGUAUUUUGGUAUUAACCUCGAGAAGCCAUCUCUAUGUCCCAAUUUUUUAGUUUUCCAGUGCAGCAAACUGUUGGCUGGACUAACUGCCGAAAAGGAUGCAGAGGUUAGAACUAGAAUUUUUGCAAAGCUGGAACAAAACCAGGAUGUAACCCUACAGCAAGUGUCGGAAGAAUGUGAAAGGAUAGUCAGAUUAAGACACGAAACAGAAGAAAUUGAAUGUAAAGAUUAUUUCCAAGUAAAACAAAUAGUCAGAAUAGUGAUGAAGUGUUUUCUAAAAGAACACAUCAAAAAUCAGGAAAUAAACCCAUGUUUUGUAUGUGGAGGAAUAAUGGACAACUAUGGUAAAAGGUCAAAAAGACCUGAUAGAAAACAAUCAAAAAAUACAAAUUAUAAUAGAUCAAACCAAAACAGUUCUGGGAAAGAUAAAGCAGUACAGUUCCAUAAAAGUCAACAAUCAAAUCCAAUUGCUUCUGAUGGAAAGCAACAUAAAACUGGAAAGUUUAAAACACAACUGAACAAUUUUCCUCAUUUUAGAAAUGAUUGUCAGACAUCUGCAAGAUCCAAAGUGUGUUUCAAACACAGAAUAUGUUGUUUAAACUUGAAAUUAUUUCAAGACCUGAUUGAAAAGGAUGCAAACAGUAUUUGUCUAAAGUUAGGAUCCUGUGAAGAAUGCUUCAAAUACUUUCUCAAUAAACCAAUUGAUCUUCACACAACGACAUUGUUUUUGAAAGUCUUGAGGCAAAGAGAAGAAAAUGACAUAAUUUUAUUGUCUUUAGUCAGAAGUAAUGAGCAUAAUUCAAUUGGAUAUCUAAAAAUUGAUAACAGAGUAUGUGUUGCAUUAUCAAGAGCAAAGAAAGGCUUAUAUGUCAUUGGAAAUUUUAAGCUUCUUGCUACAAACAGUCCACUAUGGGCAGAAAUUUUGUUAUCAUUAGAGGAGAAGAAAAUACUUGUUGAUGCAAUGAUAUUGAAAUGUCAGAAUCAUCCUGAAACACAUGCUCAAGUGGCAUCUUUUGAAGACUUUUGUAAGGCACCAGAAGGUGGAUGUUUAAAACCAUGUGAAGCACGUCUAGAUUGUGGACACACUUGUGCAUUAAUGUGUCAUCCUUAUGAUAAGGAACAUACUGAUUAUAUCUGUAAAAAACAAUGUGUCAAAACUCUCCCUGUUUGUAAUCAUCCAUGUUUAAGAAGCUGCUCUGAACGUUGUAUGCCGUGCAUAAUGAAUGUUACAAAAGUAAUACCAAAUUGCUCUCACCAUCAGGAAAUGUUUUGUUCCAAAGAUCCUGUCACAUUUAUUUGCCAGGAGCCAUGUCCAUUAGAAUUUCCUUGUGGUCAUAAAUGUUUAAAUAAAUGUGGAGAAAAUUGUUUGAGUGAAUGUCAUCAAAUCGUUGAAAACACUUGUCCUUACGGUCAUACUUCAAAUAUAGAGUGCUAUCAAAAGGAAAAAUGUUUUGCAAUUUGUAAAGAACUUCUCGACUGUGGCCAUUUUUGUAAGGGAUACUGUUUUGAGUGUCAUGGAAUUCAUAUUCACAAGCCAUGUAUGGAAGGAUGCGACAGAAUUUUAAUCUGUGGUCACAAAUGUCAAAAUAAAGAUUGUUCUUCUUGUACACCUUGUGAAAGGCCUUGUGAAAACCGAUGUCUACACAAUAAAUGUAAAAAGAAAUGUGGUGAACCUUGUAAGCAGUGCAAUGAGCCUUGUCAGUGGGAGUGUAUGCAUUACAAAUGCAGUAAGUUAUGUCACGAACCCUGUGAUCGUCCAGCAUGUAAUGCACCUUGCGAAAAAUUACUUGACUGUAGUCACCAGUGUGUUGGUGUUUGUGGAGAACAGUGCCCUGAAUUGUGCUCAAUUUGUAAUGAAGAUGAGCUUAAAGAAAUAUUUUUUGGCAAUGAAGAUGAAAAUGGUGCUCGUUUUGUUCAACUUGAAGAUUGCAAACACAUUUUUGAAGUAACUGGCUUGGAUAAUUGGAUGGAAGUUGAUUUGAAUAAUUCUGAAAUUCAACUAAAAUUGUGCCCAAAGUGUAAAACUCCAAUCAGGCGUAAUCAUAGAUAUGGAAAUCUUAUCAAUAAGACCUUACAAGACAUUGAAAAAGUAAAAGAAAAACUGAAUGCUGAUCCUAUAGAAGUUUUUACAUUAAAAUCUUAUAUAAAUUCAAAUCCAAAUAAUAUUAGACAUUUAAGAAAGUUAGAAAAACAUUUCCAUAUUGGGAGCAUAAUAAGUAAGGAGCAUUUUAUCUCUAUGAAAACUAAGGCUCAGUAUUUAGAAGUUUUGUCUAAACUGAGUACAAUAAAUAUUCAAUAUUUGGUUGAAUGGUUUGUAGAUCAUAAAGCUAGAUUUACUGCUCAAGAGCUGAAGGAAGCAAGUUUAGAAGUGCAACAUCUUCAAGUACUUGAGAACAUAGAAAAUUUGAAGACUGAUACACAAGGCAUGUCUGAUAUUUCUAGUUUGUUAAAAGAAGCAUCCACUUAUUUGGAAGGAUUUUAUUCAGAAGAAAAGCAAUCAAAAAUUGAAACAAUCCUGAAUAAAAUAGAAACUUUAAAGCCCAGUUUGAAGAUUUCUGAGAAGGAAAGAUUUGAAAUUGUUCAAGCUUUGCAACUUCCUAAAGGACAUUGGUUUAAAUGUAAAAAUGGUCAUAUUUAUGCUAUCGGAGACUGUGGAGGUGCUGUAGUGACAAGCACUUGUCCUGAGUGUAAAUGCGAGAUAGGAGGAACGUCUCAUCAGUUAUUAGCAAGUAAUACAUUGGCUAACGAAAUGGAUGGUGCAGAGUACGCUGCUUGGUCUGAUGCUGCUAAUUUGAAUUUGAUUCAGUAAAAAGAUUUUGUUCAAUAAAUACUAUUUCUACAAGAUCUAAUAAAAGUUUAUUGAAAUA